GAUAAGUUUUUGUUUUUUUUUGGUUUUUGUUAUUUGUGUUUUUGUGUCGAUAAGUAUCGAUAACUUAUCGAUUGUGUGUUCGCGAUUCUCAGCGUUGCUUUCGAUAACUUUCUGCCUGAGGUGCGAUAACUAUCGCUCUAUCUGUACCUGUUGCCGAUAGUUCCAUCGAUUAACUCGAUCCCAAUUUAUCGAUCAACUAUCGAUAAGAUGUGGCGUCUAGUUGCCAAGCCAGAGCGUCGCAACUUCUUCAUGGAGGACGACAUCGCCUACACCGAGGACCGUGUCCCCAUCCGACGUGUCGCCUUCAACUGUACGGCGUCUGUGCCGCAGACCCAUCUCCGUCUCCACUUCAUCAGCCUGGGCGAGAUCACCGAGAUUACCUACGAGCGUCCGGAUAUCAAGGGCACCAUGCUCUUCGAGCGUGCCACCUCGGCCGCCCGGGCUCUGUACCGCCAGGAGCAUCGUGUCCUGGGGAGGAAGGUCUACCUGAUGGCCUGCGGCAGUGCCCAGCAGCCGCAGUACGAUGGCGGGAAGGUCUCUGGGUAUAAACUACCACUCCUGGACGAUGUCCUCCGGAUGCUGGUCACCGACUAUCUGCCGUUGGAGGCGCGACUGACCUUUGCGGCCACCUGCCGCCGCUUCGAGGAGAUCUACACGCUGGAGUCGAAGCGCCGCGGCCGAGUGCUGGACAUGGCGGAGGUGGGCCAGCUGACCGAGUGGGGCAUCGACCAGUUGAUGCGACUGUCCGGCUCGCACAUCCGGGAGCUGAGGGGCGGACCACUGCCCCUCAACUGGCCGCACCUGAAGUGCCUGGCCGAGCGGCUGGGGCCCAACUGCCCGGCCCUCAAGAUCGUGCACCUUAACGAGGUGCCCCUUAGCUCGCCGCACAUGUUCCUGCUGUUCCAGCGGGCGGAGGGACUUCGAAAUGUGACGGAAUUAUCGCUGCGCCGAUGCGGAUUGACGGACCAGGACCUGCCAGCCUUUCACCCAAUGGGGUUGCUUUUUAAGCUUGAUCUGUUGGGGAAUACAGGCUUGAAUGGCAGCAGCCUGCAUCGCCUUCCCCCCUCGCUGCAGGUCCUGGUCCUCACCCGGUGCGAGAAUCUCGAUCCUGGGAAUCUCUACAAGCUCGGAUGUCUGCCAGAGCUCCGGGAGCUGCGCUGUUCGAUGAUCCGCUACCGGAAUCUGCAGCAGGACUGGUUCGAGUUCGAGGACGUCAUCACGGUGGACAUGGAUGCGGUGUACGACUCGGUGGCGAGGAACUGUCCCGGUCUGGAGAUCCUCGAGAUCACCGAGUGCCCCUACCUGGACGAGGAGGAGAUCGGUGGGCUGCCACGCCUCCAGAGACUGGUGCUGAAGGCCCUGCCCCUAGAGCCGGAGCCGUAUAGCGUCAAGGUGGAUCUGAUGCGGAAACUGGCGGAGAGGAAUGUCCUCCAGCACCUGCAGCUGGGCAAGGCGGGACCGAACUAUGUGCCGUCGGACAGCUUGGAGGCCAUCUCCCGGAUGACCCGACUCCGGACUCUGGUGAUGCCCAACCAGGAGCGCUCCGGCCAGGAGCUGUUGAUGCUGAGGGCGCUCACCGACCUCCGCCGGCUGGAUCUGAGCGGCUCGGCCUUCCUGGGCAACUACAAUGUGGCGGAUCUGGUCCAGGAGUUGCGUCGCCUGAAGGUCCUGAAGCUGCAGCGGUGUCCGCUGAUCAGCCGCCGCCUCCUGCCCCUCCUCGUGGCGGAGAUGCGGACCCGGCGCCUCAACGACAGCGACCCGGAGGUGGCCAGGUGCCUGGAGCUGGACGUGAGUGCCACCAAGAUAGUGAGCGACGAUCUGCUCCUGGUGCGUCGGGAUCUGCUAAAGGUGCUCAUUAAGUUCUAGGGACUCUCCCCCCCCACCACCACCCCCCCUCCCUUUGGCUGCCCCCCCCCCCCUCCAAAUUCCAGCUCCUUCUGGCCUCCACUUCCAAAUUCCAUUCAGAGUCCAAAUUUCUCGUCUCAAAAUAUUGUUACUUGUUUUUUUUUUGGAAGAUAUAUAUCUGCUUGGCUCUCUGACUUGCCUCUUGCGUCUGCCACUUGCCACUUGCCACCUGCCACUUGCCACUUGCCACCUGCCGCCCACUGGCUCCUCAGGAAUCCAUCCACCGACCCGGACAUU